AUGUACUUAGAAAAGGAAGACCUUCAUUUAUUGAAUGGUUCUUUUUUCAGAGUGAAUUUUAAAGCAAUUCCUCAAGGUGAUUUAAAGAAUAUACUAAAAGCAUGUGGAUUAAAAUCGUCAACAAGCACUUCAAGUAAUCAACAGAUCGCUUUAUUGGAAGGAAUAAGACGGUAUGUUUUGACGGGAGAUCUUUCAGAGAUUUCUGACCUAUCAAGGCCAAAUGUAAAAAGUAUUGAAUCUAAAAGGUACACGUUUGAUUAUAAGAAUAUUAUUAAUGAAGAAACUAUUUCUCUGGAACUCAUCUUAAAGUCACUAAAAAAAUCUCCUCUUACUCUUGAGAAGAUUAUGUUAAGUAAUUCUGUGAGUGUUUCCGAGAUUGCAGAUUGUUGCUCGAAAUACCUAAACACUCCAAAGAGUAUUUUUUCAACUAAGGUCAUUUUAGACAAGAUUCAGACAGUUCUGGCCUCCCUAAGUAUAGAGAAAAUAGUUAUUUAA